AUGAACCAGUUUUCUAACCUUCUAUGAAAAGUCAAAGUCCCUUCUAGCCGUGACUCUGGAAUCGACGCGUUUGACGUAAUGCUCCCAUGUAGCCAGUUUUCAGCAAGACAGAUAGCGUUCAGCACAGCACUGCGAGGAUUUUAUCGAUAAGGGAGCCUAGCGAUAAUUGGUGAAGGCUGCUACGGUCUCAGGCAGUGGCAUGGCCAACCCUCUGAGGAGAGAGGUUAGACAGCUGUACAAGAAUCUACUGUAUCUGGGACGGGAAUACCCCCAAGGAGCAGACUACUUCAGGGAGCGUCUGAACAGUGCCUUUGUGAAGAACAAAUAUGUCACAGACCCCAAGGAGAUCAGAAAGCUUGUCAAUUGUGGAGAGGAUGUGAUUAAGGAACUGGGGACCCUGUACUAUCUGAAGGAAUAUAGCGCCAUGAAAAAGCGUUUCUACGAAGAAGAAUUGUUAGGUCUGCUGAAUAUAGGCAGACCGACAGACUGAUAGCCUAGAUGUUUGGCAGCUGAAUCUUCAGUAUGCGGGUUGUUCCAUGAAUAGAGAACAUUUUGGGUAGUGUAACUUGGUCCCCCAAAAAUAUUGUUUUCACCUAAUUUUAACAUUCUGUCAUAAAGAGCACAUGUCAAACUUUCUAAAAACAUUUUGUUCCCAUGUCAAGGGCUUAAAUAAAACUAAUGACUAGUAAGUGCCAUUCAA